CUCUCAGACAUAUAAAUUGGAAGCUUGCUUUUUGUUUUCCUUUUUCUUUUACUAUCCCCUUUUUCUUCUUUUUCUUAUCUAAUUCCUGUUACCAACAAACUCCCAUUUAUUGAAAGCUAUGACUAUUGAGACUCUCACUGCUGACGAAAGAGUAUAUCCUGUUCCUGAAAGACUUCUAAAGGAUGAUCAUCUUCCUAAGCCUUUCAUUUCCAGUUUUGAUGAGUACAAGACUAUGUGGCAAGAAAGCGUAGAUCAUCCUCAAAAUUUCUUUGGCAAUCUUGCUCGUGAAUUAUUGACUUGGUCAAAGCCCUUUGAAACAGUUCAAAGUGGUAGCUUGGACCGAGGAGAUGUAGCCUGGUUCUUGGAAGGAGAGUUGAACGUUUCUGUCAAUUGUGUUGACCGUCAUGCUUUGACCAAUCCGGACAAGAUUGCCAUCAUUCACGAAGGCGAUGAACCUGAUAACGUCCGCAAAAUUACUUAUCGCGAACUUUUACAAGAAGUCAGUCGGGUCGCCAAUGUUCUUCAGUCACUCGAUGUUCGUAAAGGUGACAACGUCGCUAUUUACAUGCCUAUGAUUCCUGAAGCUGUAUUUGCCAUGUUAGCUUGUGCACGUAUUGGUGCUGUUCAUUCUGUUGUCUUUGCUGGGUUUUCUGCUGACUCCCUACGUGACCGCAUUAAUGAUUGUGGUGCUCGCGUGGUCCUUACUGCUGAUGAGGGUCGGCGUGGGGGUAAAAACAUUGCUACGAAGCGUAUCGUGGAUGAGGCUUUGAAGAACAAUAGUGCUCCCACCGUAGAUCACGUGUUGGUGUAUCGACGUACCGGCUCCAAGGAGGUUUCCUUCACGGCAGGUCGUGAUUUAUGGUGGCAUGAAGAAAUGGCCAAGGCGAGACCUUAUUGUCCUCCUGUGAAUGUCAAUGCCGAGGAUCCAUUGUUCUUAUUGUAUACCUCUGGGUCUACUGGCACACCCAAGGGUGUGGUUCAUACUUCCGGUGGUUACCUUUUAGGUGCUACAGCUACUCUCAAAUACACGUUUGAUUACCAUGAAGGUGAUAUCUACGCAUGUAUGGCUGAUGUAGGCUGGAUUACUGGUCACACUUACAUUGUGUAUGGCCCCCUUUCAAAUGGUGCCACCACCUUAUUGUUCGAAUCGACGCCUACUUAUCCUGAUGCUUCUCGUUUUUGGCAAGUUGUUGAAAAGCAUAAGGUCACCCAAUUCUACACAGCACCUACUGCUAUUCGUGCCCUACGUCGUUUAGGUGAUAAGUGGGUAGAGAAGCACGAUUUGUCUUCUUUACGUGUUAUAGGAUCCGUCGGUGAGCCCAUCAACCCUGAAGCCUGGGAAUGGUAUUAUGAUAAAGUAGGGCACAAACAAUGCGCGGUUGUUGACACCUACUGGCAAACCGAAACAGGAUCCAUCAUUAUCACUCCCUUACCUGGAGCUACGGCUGCUAAACCCGGUUCCGCCACCUUCCCCUUCUUUGGUAUCCAGCCUGUCAUUCUAGAUCCAGUCAGCGGUAAAGAAAUGGAAGCGGCAGCUGGCAAGGAGGUCACUGGCGUUUUGGCUAUCAAGCAACCAUGGCCGUCCAUGGCUCGUUCAGUCUACAACAACCAUGAUCGUUACCUUGACACUUAUCUCAAUCCUUACAAGGGCUACUACUUCACUGGGGACGGAGCGACACGCGACAAGCACGGUUAUAUCUGGAUCCGUGGCCGUGUGGACGAUGUGAUCAAUGUUUCGGGCCAUCGUUUGUCUACGGCUGAAAUCGAAUCGGCUUUGAUCUUACAUACCUCUGUCGCCGAAGCUGCUGUCGUAGGCGGUCAAGACGAACUCACCGGUCAAUGUAUUCAUGCUUUUACUACCUUGAAGCCGAACAGUGCCGAAAGCGCUGCCGGUGGCGGUUCCACUGAAGGCUUGGACAAAGAAUUAGUUCUCCAAGUGCGAAAGGUGAUUGGUCCUUUCGCUGCACCAAAACGUAUUUACGUUGUGAAUGAUCUACCCAAAACACGUUCUGGUAAGAUCAUGCGUCGUAUUUUGAGAAAAAUUGUCAAUGGUGAGCAAGAUUCCUUGGGUGAUAUUUCCACCUUGGCAGAACCUGCUGUUGUGGCUCAUUUGAUCGAGUGUGUUCACGGAAAGACCUAAGUACUCUCUUUUCACGUUCCCUUCUCCUGCAACAAGAGAAUCACAACAACAACAACAACAACAACAACAA